AUGGCAGCGCCUGCCGUGGCUGCGCCUGCAGUGGCUGCUCAAAGCGACGACAUGUGGGAGACGGCGGGGCACCCUUGGCUCGGCGUGCGAGUCGCGCGCCAGUUUGGCAAGCGCUGUGCACUCGGGACAAUCGUCGCGUGGGCGCCGGCGGACGAGGCGGAGGGCGAUCCAGCGCUCUGGCGAGCAGAGCACGACGACGGUGAUGGGGAGGACCUGGAGGAGCACGAGGUCAGCGAGGCAGUGGCGCUCUACAAGGAGCACCCUGCGGCGGUCCGUUUCGAGGAGCGGGUGGCCAAGGGCGAGGAGAAGGCGGCGCGCGCGGCAGCCAAGGCGGAGAGGGAAGCUGCGCGAGCCGCCGCCAAGGCUGCGAAAGAGGCGGCCAAGGCCGCCAAGCAGGCCGAACGGGACGCCAAGGCGGCUGCGCCGCGGCGCCCGCGAUCGGCGUACGAGUGCUACGCGGCCUCUGAGCGGCCAGCGGCGGCGACGGCAAACCCAGGGCUGCAGGCGCCGGAUGUGACGAAGCUGCUCGCGGCGACGUGGAAGGGCAUGAGCGACGAGGAGCGAGCUCCCUUCGCAGCCGCGGCGGAGGCGGACACGGCGCGGCACGAUGCCGAGUGGGCCGAGUUUGAGAGGCUGUGCUUUGCGUGUGGGCUCGACCCGAUCGAGGCGAGGGAGCAGCACAAGGCGGUGGGGAAGAAGCACAAGGACGGCGAGCCGCUUCGGCAGCUGACGCUGCCCUUUGCGCCGUUGCGGGCGAGUGGCAGCAAGCGCCCCGCUCCCGAUGGCGACGACGGCGGCGGCGGCGGCAAGGUGGCCCGGAUUUCCACCGAGUGGUCGGAUCGCGCGCUUGCGGCGAUGCGGCUGCGAGAGGCCCUCAAGGUUGCCGACGCCGCGAUCGCCGACGAGCCGCCGCAUGCCGCAUGCCCUGCGGCGGGCCGUCCCGACCCGUUCCACCUGCUGCCGCCGUGCGGAUGGGUCGACGGCGGCCCCGCCGUCUGCGCCGCCGACGUGCUGGCGGCGUGGGACUUCUUCCAGACGCUCGGCGAGGGCGUGCUCAAGGUCUCGCCCUUCUCGGCGGCCGAGCUCAGCCAGGCGCUCACCCACCCCGGCGAGCCGCUCCUCCUCACCGAGGCGUCGGUGGCGCUGCUGCGGCUGCUUCUGGACCACUCCGCGCAGCUCGCCUCGGGCCAGGUGCCGCCGCCGGUCGACACGCGGGUCGUUGCGUCCACGCUCCAGCAACUGCCGCCGUCGGGGGUCGUCACGCGGACCAACUGGCCCGAGGUGCUCCGCUGCGUGGGCUGGCUGCUGCCAGAGUUCCACGGCGACCCCGCGUGCGAGGCGGCGCUGCUGGCGCUACAGGACUGCACGUACGCAGCGCUGCCUGGCGCCGAGCGGCUCGCGCUCUUCCGCGCACUCUGCGACGCGUGCCUCUCGACGGAGCCCGUGCGGGCCGCGCUGCGGGAGCGCGCCGAGAGGCACGCAGAGCUGUCCAAGCAGCACCGCGAGCUGCAGGCCGGCCUGACCAAGCAGCUCAAGGAGGCCAUCGGCGCCAUCGCGACGCCCGCCGACACGUCCUCGAAAUUCGCGCUUGUCUUUCCGGCGAUCGCAGCGCCGUCGCGAAAGCGGCUGCGUGCGGCGGCGACGGAGGCGCUGCUCGGCGCCAUCGAGCGCCGCUCGGUGAGCGGCCUCGAGGCGGCCAUCGCGGCUGCUGUCGAGGCGGGGCACCAGGGCGAGCUAGCGGGCGGGCGGCUCUGGUGCACCUCCGAGCUGAAGGCGGCGCGCGCGCUGCUGGCUGGCGAGAGUGUUCGCUUGGCCAAGGUCGAGUGCACGCGGGAGAAGGACGCCAAGUCGCUCGAGGCCUUCGCUGGUCGUACCGCACCUCCAAAGUACCGAACCAAUCGAUGGUUCACUCUCGUGGUCGGUAUGGUACAGGCGGUCCGCGGGCUCGUGCAGGACCUGCUCAGCUGUCCGGUUCGAUCCGAACCCCUCGGCGUCGAUGAGUCGGGGCGGCGCUAUUGGGCUUUCGCCAGUGACCCCGGCCGGCUCUGGGUGGAGGCGCCGGCCGGGGCGGCGUGGGGGUGGGCGGCUUACAUGUCGGCCGCUGCUGUCAAGGCUGUGAUCCGGUCGCUCAGAGCGCAGAGCGACCUCAGGCGUGCCCUGGAGCUGCGGCUUCCGCUCCUCACAGGCAUGCCUGAUGCCGCCGCCGUGGGCGGCGGAGGCGGCGGCUGGCUCUCCUCCGGCCACGAGCUGCUCGGCUCUCGCGUCGCGCGCGACCCCGCGCUCUUCCGGCUGGUGCACGACGACGGCGACGAGGAGGACCUCGAGGAGGACGAGGUUGUGCAGGGGAAAAGCCUCUACGCCGAGCACCCAGCCGCACGCCGGUUCGAGGAGAAGGCCGCCAAGGCGCGCGAGGCCGAGGAGGCCGCCACAUCGGUCGAGCUCGAGGGCUGGCGGCUGGAGGGGCAUGCGCUCGUGCGGCGGCGCGUCGCCCGCAGCUUCGACGAGGGCGGCCACACGCUCGGCCUCAUCACGCGCUGGCUGCCUGCGGACGAGGCCUCGGGCGACGGCGCGCUCUUCCACGCCGUGCACGACGACGGGGACGAAGAGGAUUUGGAGGAGGACGAGGCGGCCGAGGCGGCGGCGCUCCUCGAGGCCCUUGGUGCCGAAGCGAGGGCGGCUGCGGCGGAGUGCGCGCGCACGCGGCUGGUGCAGCCCAAGUAUGAGAAUAAGCAGCUCAAGAAGGGGGAGCGCGCCGAGGCGGGCCACUUGGGCGUCGAGGGAGCGCGCGCCGAGAUCGGUGCGCUCGAGCAGGCGCUGCUCCCCGGCCUGCGGGCGGCGGGCUCGAGGUGGGUGGCGCCCAAGGCGCGGAUCCGCGUGCGCUGGCUGCAAAGCCUCGACGAAGCCGAGCGCGCCUCCGAGCUCGCCGCGUCCCUCGUGGAGCUCGAGCAGCACUUGCGCGAGUUGCAGAGCGCCGCCGACGUCUCGGAGCGCAAGCCGUGGCGGAGCGAUGCCCACGAGUGGCUCGGCCGCAGCGUGCGGCGCUUCUUUUGGCUCAAGUCGGAGCAGCGCUGGCUGUGCACAGACGCGUCGGUCGGCUCGUGGCUCCCAGCCGAAGGCAGCGACGUCGCGCUCUGGCACGUGACGCACGAUGACGGCGACCGAAGCUCAUUGAGGUCAGGAGGAUUCUGCGAUGAGGAGGACCUGGAGGAGCACGAGGUGGCGAUCGCGCUCGAGCACUACAGCGAGGGGCGCGCCGAGCCCCUGCCGUCGGAGGCGGGCGCUCUCAAGGCGGCUGCCGAGGACGAGGACGAGGACGACGAGGCCGGCGGCGGCGAGGCGAGGGAGGAGAGCGGCGGCGACGGGAAGGACUCCCCGACGCUCUGGAGGUCGGCGGAGGCGCGGGGGCGCUGGCUCUCGGCGCUCGCAGGCGCCCGCACGCCUGAGGUGGUCGCCCUCUGCGCCACUUCGUUGCGCGCGCACACCGGCCGCUACGCACCGCUCCUCACCAAGCACGGCGAGGCGACGAAGCGCGAGGCGGCGUUCGCUCUCACGGAGGCCGCGCUUCUCAGUGCUCUCUCCGGUCAAAACAAGAAGUAA